UUCCCAAAAAUCUUUGCAUUUUCUAGCAAUGAUAUCAAAGUGGGCUCCAAUAUUGAGGUAGAUGGCUCGCCUUGGAGAGUCAUAGAGUUCCUCCAUGUGAAACCUGGAAAAGGAGCUGCAUAUGUAAGGACCACACUGCGGAAUUAUGUAACAGGAAACACGGUAGAGAAAACUUUUCGAGCUGGUAGCAAGAUAGAAGAGGCAGACAUAUUUAAGGAAACGAAGCAAUUCACUUACAAGGAUGGUUCUCAAUUUGUGUUCAUGGACCUGACCACAUAUGAAGAAUUUCGUCUCAAUGAGGCUGAUGUUGGAGAUAAAAUGAAAUGGCUGAAAGAAGGCAUGGACUGUAAUCUGCUAUUUUGGAAGGGAAAAGUCAUUGAUUUUGAACUUCCCAUCACAGUGAAGUUGACUGUGGUUGAUGUUGAUCCUGGUGUGAGAGGUGACACGGCUCAAGGUGGGUCAAAACCAGCAACUCUUGACACUGGUGCUGUCGUCAGCGUUCCCUUGUUCAUUGAGAGGGGCGAGGAAAUUUUGGUGGAUACGAGAACCGGGCAGUACAUGAGUCGUGCGUAGGUUGUUAUGAGAUCAUUCUCGUAAUAGGCUAGAAUUUUGGUUUAUGUUUCUUCUGCGGCUUUGACUUGCCCUUUUGGAUUUGAGGAGAGCGAACAUGCCCGCUUGGGCUUCCUCUGUGAAAGCAGUACUGUGAUUUUUCUAUGGUUGGUAAGCUGUCUCUGAUGCAACAAGCGCUUGAUGUUGCGAAGCCUCCUAAAGGAUAAGACGCUGGUAGUAGUUUUUCUUUCUGGCAUUAAAUCAUGAGAUGUGUUACUGCAAAACUGUUUGUAACUCAGAACUUGGCCAUAUUCAGUGCAAUUUCUUUGAUACAAAA